AUGGUUGACCAUUGUCAGACAGGGAAUAAUGCCAAUAUAAACACAUAAAUAAAAUUGGAAUAAUCAUAACAAUACAAUAAUUGAUUUUUUUUUUAUUAAUUUUCACUUGAGACACAAUGAUUGAAGAAUUUCAACCAAAUUUUAGGCGAACCUCUAUAACAAAAAGAUUUAAAUUUUAAGGUAGUCAAAAUACAAUAUCUAAACAAUCAGGGGCUUUUCCUGCAAAGACAGAUGCUUUUCUCUUUCAGUCUUUCCCCACUAUACACCAUUUUUUCUUUCUUUCUUUCUUUCCUCUCCUCUCUCUCUCUCUCUCUCUAGCAUUAGCAUAACCGCUUCCCCAACUUUCUCUCUCUCACACACACACACACAGUAACCCGAAAAGGGUAUUCUGUAAAAUGUGCGCCGAAUAUUUUCUGAUUAUCACCGGGGGCGAAUUACCUGAGAAGUAAAUUUGAUACAAAUAUAUGUUUUUUUUUGUGGUGAUGGAAUUCUGACCUCUUUUUACCAGCCGGGACAGCUUCAAAUUUCAGGCAAGAUCCCUAUAGCUCGUUUUUGACCCGGUUUGGUAUCAGAUUCAUUCUUUUUUUUUUGUGGAAUUUUUGGAGUCUUUAUAUGUAUAUGAAGCACCUAUGAAGGUCACUGCAACUUCUUUUCCCGGAAGGUCAGCUGAAAAGCAAAGUGCUGCAUGUGACCCUGUUGUGAAAAGAUUGAAUUUUGAUUGGACUCUGUUUCAUUUUUUGGGUCUUUGUUCAUAUGGGAUUGGUUUAUAGCAUGCUAAAGUUUACAUACAGGUCUUAUUUCAAGAUGGGUUGUGGCUUUUUUUUCAUAUGGGUUGCAGAAUUUGAUGGAUAGAAAUUGAGGGAUGGGAAGAAUCCGAUAAAGAUAAGAUUUUGGAAUUUUAGCUGAUUUUGGUGUUCUUUUGUUAUUUUGUAGUUAAAACUGGUUGGUUUAUGGGGGUCAGAAAUGGAUAUGUAGUUUUAGAAACUCAAUAAACGGUCUGCAAAAUCGUUGUCUUCUUCGCCGAAAGUGAAUAACUUGAGUGUUGAUUGUUUGGCUGGUGCAAUAAAAGAUUAGGAAUGGAAGUGAGGUUGAAGGGAGCUGAAGCGGAUGAUCAUUUUGGAUCAAAUGAUUCUCUUCUCCCUGGUUUACAUGAUGAUGUCGCAUUGACAUGUCUAGCUUGGGCGUGUAGAUCAGAUUAUCCCUCAUUAAGUUGCCUGAAUUCAAAAUUUAAUUCAAUAAUAAGAAGUGGGUACUUAUAUGAGCUGCGAAGGCAGUUGGGAAUUGUGGAGCAUUGGGUGUAUUUGGUAUGUGAUCCAAGGGGAUGGGAGGCAUUUGAUCCGUGCCGAAAGAAGUGGAUGAAGUUGCCUAAAAUCCCUUGCGAUGACUGUUUCAAUUAUGCUGACAAAGAAUCUUUAUCUGUGGGGAGUGAAUUGUUGGUUUUUGGCCGUGAAUUAUUUGAGUUUGCUAUCUGGAAGUAUAGUUUGGAUCAUCGCGUUUGGGUGAAGUGUGAAGGAAUGAACCAUCCUCGUUGUUUAUUUGGCUCUAGUAGCCUUGGUUCCAUUGCUAUCGUUGCUGGGGGAAGUGAUAAAAACGGUAACAUUUUGAGAUCUGCAGAGCUUUAUAAUUCUAUUACUGGCAGUUGGGAAAUGUUGCCCAACAUGCAUUCUCCACGGAGGCUUUGUUCUGGUUUUUUCAUGGAUGAUAAGUUCUAUGUUAUUGGCGGGAUGACUAGUCCCACGGAUUCAUUGAGUUGUGGGGAGGAGUUUGAUCUGAAAACUAGGAAAUGGAAGAAAAUAGAGGGCAUGUACCCCACUAUCAAUAGAGCAGCACAGGCACCACCUCUUGUUGCUGUUGUUAAUAACCAGCUUUAUGCAGUUGAAUAUCUAACCAAUAUGGUAAAGAAAUAUGACAAAGAAAAGAACACAUGGGAUGUAUUGGGAAGACUUCCUGUUAGGGCUGAUUCCUCAAAUGGUUGGGGUUUAGCGUUUAAAGCAUGCGGCGAGGAACUUCUUGUUGUGGGUGGUCAAAGGGGACCUGAAGGAGAAGCGAUCGUCUUGAAUUCUUGGUGCCCAACAUCAGGUGUCAAGAAUGGCACUUUGGAAUGGAAGAUCCUCGGUGUGAAGGAGCAUGCUGGAGUCUUUGUUUACAACUGUGCUGUAAUGGGAUGUUGAAAUUGUAUUCUCUUCCGAAGUUGUGGAGCUCUGAUAUGUGGCUUUGUUCUUUAGGUUGUUUUUCUUAGACAUUAUUUCAUUGAUCUGAAUCAACCAACCCUGUAUUUGAAAGAUGGUGACUAGCUGCUUACAAUUUUGUAUGAAAUCCUGUAACCAAAUGUCCUCUUAUGUUACUCAUCAUAUGUUGUUCUUUGAUCUUUGAUUUUUUUCCCCUUGAGAUUUUCAUCAACAGAGUUAUUGUUUCAAUUUGUACAAUAAAUAUCAAUUCAGAUUCAGGUUUGAUUCUUGUAAUAACAUUCUGCUAAUCCAUUUUUGUUUUCUGUCUCUGAAUCUGGAUGAAUGAAGAAAUAUCUUAGAUGAAUACAAUUACAAACAGCUCAUUGAAAUGAUUGAUGUUGUUCCACUGUUCCUUGGAAACAGGAUACUUUUUCAGACCAUCUCCUCUUUUAGAGGUCUGAUGACAUGAUUAUCAUGUUGAUGAUAUUUC